AGAUUCCUCCGUGCAGACAGGCGGUCUUCUCCUAUCACCUUCUUAUCUGUCUCGUCUUUCUCUCUCUGCCGCCUUCUCCUCGUCCUGUCUGUCUUUUCUGUCUUUUCUGUUCGUUCUCUCGGGGUUUGUCUCUUCACUCUGCAUGUCUCUCUUGCGUCUGUGGGUUUCCUCGUCGCUCUUCCUCCCUUUCUUCUCGUCUCGCGUCUCCUCGACCGUCCAGUGCGCUCCACGCAUGCACCCAAUCCGACCGUAUUCUCUUCUCCCUUUCCUUCCUUCUUCGGCGUCUCCCUCUUCCUCGCGUCUUCCUUCUUCCUCCACCUUUUUGUUCGCCGCGCGCCUGGUGGCUGUGCCCGCCGCCGCAGCGUUGUCUCUCCUGCUCGUUCUCGCUCUUCGCCGCUUUUCCUCCACUUCCCCCAGUUCUCGGAUCUUUCUGCGUCCUUGUCAAGAUGAAACAAAGUGGAAGAGGAGGAUGCAGCGGGCAGGGCGCGAGGUCGAUUUCUCGAGACCUUGUGCUGGUUGGCGGAGGGUCGUCUCACCUCUUUGUGAUGAAGGACUGGGCAAAACAACCUGAGAAAGGCAUGCGUCUCACCCUCGUCUCUGCAGACACAGAUACGCCCUACAAAGGCCUGCUGCCAGGCCUCCUCGCCGGCGCGUACACGAGAGACCAGGCACACGUAGAUCUGCUGCAGCUGUGUCAAGUGGCUGGCGGGCGCUUCGUACGCGCGUCCGUCCUUGGCGUCGAUCGCGAAAGAAAACUGAUUUUCUGCGACGACGGCCGACCGCCGCUCCGAUACGACGUCCUCUCCGUCGACACGGAGUCUGGUCUGAGCGCCCCGGGGUCGAUCACGUUCAGCUCCCUGCCUCCAGGAGAGGAGCAAGACUCUUCGAUUUCUUCCCCAGGCCAGCAGACAGACAGUCAAGAGGCGUUUCUGGACCUCGGCGAUCGAUGCAUGCGCGCGUGCAUCACGCCGCUCAGGCCUCUCAGCCAGUUCUUGCCGCGGUGGGAAGCGGCGCUGGGGAGACUCGUGCGAGCGGCCCUGUACGCCUGGACCUCACCGAGCUUGGCCGCCUCUGAAGCGGCAACUGCUUGCGACUCAGCAGGCGCAGAUCCUGAGUCGAAGCCGACUGGGAUGGCGCGCGGGACUGCAGAGGCGCAUGCGGCAGAGACCGUGACGAGGAGGAACUCAGAGUGCGCGGGGGCGGUCAGCCGCUCGCGCGUUUUCACUGUGGCGUUCGUAGGCGGUGGUACCGAAAGCGUCGAGAUCUGUUUCGCUGCGAGAGCUGCAGUGGAGAAGAAGCUUGCCGAUCUGCAUGCGCACUGGAGGACUCUGAGACGCGACGCGAGAACCGGGAAAGGAGAAGACUGCUCCACCCCGAGAGAUUUGCACAAGGAGAGAGACGCGCAACCCGCUGAGGUCGAACUUUGCUGGCAGAGAGAAAGCGAAGAACUUUCUCGCCUCUUCCGUGUAGAGUUUCACUUGUUCACAGAGGGAGACUCCGUACUGCCAGGUUUCUCGUCAGGCGCUCAGACGCGCGUCUCCCGUCUGUUGAAAGCGGCUGGAGUCUCUGUGCACACCCAGUGGAAAGUCGCCUCAGUCCGCGUAGAGACUGCGCCUCGUGCCUCCCAGAUCGAUUUGCCUCGGAAACACGCAGGGCCGCUUCAGGCUGCUCAGGAGGGAACACAGACACAGCCUGCCGCUGCAGGCGCGACUGCAUUCGCGGAGGCCUCGGCCGCAGAAGCUUCUCUUCUUUCUGGAAAAACCGGAGCCGAAGCAGAACUGGAAUGCGAGAAUUUCCGAAAACGCCUCCUGUGCUCCGACGGUCGCCACUUUGAAUUUGACGAAUGCGUCUGGUGCACACCCGCCACCCCACAGUCGUGGUUCCAAAACACAGGCCUAGAGCUCACCCCGGAAGGCUUCCUUGCAGUCGACGCUUCGCUGCGCUCCUGCAACGCUCACAACGUCUUCGCUGUUGGCGAAGCUGCAAAAGUUCGAGGCACUGAGAGUCGUCGCACGGACGGGGACGACGCUGGCGAGACUCUGAGCAGGAACCUGCGCCUGGUGCUGCGGAAUGGCGACAGCGCGCGCCUUCAUCGCUGGCGGUCUCAGUCUCAACUCUUCUCCGUUGUCUCCUGUGGCGAGAACUGUGCGGUCGGAGUCAAGGGGCACAUCAGCUUCGAAGGCAAAUGGGUUUCGAAUUUGAGGACGCGCAUGGACAUUGACUGGAUUCAAAAGUACCAGGUGUCUCCGUCGGGACUGCUACGUCCUUCCCUUCUUUCGUCCAAGUCGCUGACGGCGCCCGCGUCUCUCACUGGAGGCCUGAGGCGCUUCUUGUCUCGGGGAAGUGACUCGGCGGCUUUUCAAUCGUGCGAGACCGCGGGAGGCACUCGGGGACCGUCGAGCGCCGGGGGGGAGCCGAAUGCCGAAGUGAAGGGGGAUGUGACGCGGUCCUCGAGUGGGGCGCACCACGCCGACACCCUUGGCUCUGGGGCGUCGAGCUGCAGGACAGCCUGUGGGAAGAGCGGCGUUUCUCAUGCUGAAUGUAUUCAAACGAAAGACGAAGUCAGUCUCGGAUGUCGCGUUCUCAUGGAAUAUGUGCAAGCGAGUUCAGGAGCGCGAGGCAGGGCGUCGGGGUGCAAGAGCGCCGGCGGAACUCGCUGUGGAGGCUGCGGCGCCAAAGUGCCUUCUACAGUGCUGAGACGCACGAUGCAAGAGCUGGAGCAGGCAGAUGCGGCUCAGACUCGCCAGCACAGAGUUUUGAUGGAACGCGAACGAGGCGCGAGUGUGGCAGCCGAGACCCUGGAGAGUGGAAAAGACGCAACGAGUCUGGGAGCUACGCCGGGGCUCCGCAUGCAGCCAGGCGACGCCCUGCAGCUUGCGGCUCUUCAAAAGCGCAUCGACAAAGAGGGUCGGUUCUACCCUCUGCUGUUCAAUCGAAGCGAAGUUCUUCUCGGACUCGAAGAUGCCGACGACGGAUGCGUCUUCGCCGCGAAACCCGUGGAACGACGGAGACCCACAAGCGACAAAGAGAGCGACGGCGUCUGUCCAGGAAGGUCGACAACACUAGCAAACGAUCCGUGCGUCGAGGCGCUCGGAGGCGAUAAUCCACUCCUUAUCCAGACUGUCGACUUCUACCGAGCUUUCUUCGACGACGCAUUCGUGCUGGGUCGCAUCGCUGCAACGCAUGCAAUGUCCGAUUGCUACGCCAUGGGCGCCGAGCCGCUUGUUGCUCUCCUCACGGCUGUUGUCCCGUAUUCGACUGACUGCAUAAUGGCAAACAACCUCCUUCAACUCCUUGGAGGCUGUUGCUCGGCUCUUUCGCGGGACAGGUGCCAGCUGGCCGGCGGGCACUCCGCCCAAGGUCGCGACAUGGCUGCGGGUCUCACCAUCACCGGACGCCUUUCUCGCCUGAGAAAAAGCCAGCGACCGGAAAGUGACAGCCACUUGGGAGUGGAAGGCGACAUCCACACGUCUCGAGUGGAAGAGCCGAUUGGAUACCUGCCAAAGGGAAGUGCAGAGGCGCAAGAAGGAGAUGUCCUCAUUCUGACGAAGCCUCUGGGCACUGGCGUUAUUAUGGCUGGCCAUGUGGAGGGGAAAUCCAGGGGACGGUGGGUCUACGCUGCCCUCGACCUCAUGCAAGUCUCGAAUCGAGCAGCGGCGGAGAUUCUGAUGGACUGCGGCGCCACUGCAUGCACAGACGUUACCGGAUUCGGCCUCCUAGGGCACAUGCUGGAAAUGCUUCGCGCCUGCCGCAAAAGUCGAAUUUUGGCAGCUGUGGCCGCUGCUGAUAAGCAGCCUGUGGAGGCGAGGGGACGCGCCGCCGGCGCUUCGUCCAGCGCUUCAUCAUCUGAAGGCAUUGCGGACUCCUCGAGCGGCGAGUUUGUGCCACUCGUCUGCGCACGUUUGAUGCUUCCUUCUCUCCGUUUGCUGGACGGAGUCACGGAGCUGAUGAACGAGGGCAUUCACUCCUCUCUGCUCGCCUCGAAUGCCCGCUAUUUUCCGGCUCUCUCACUCAAAACCGUAGGCACAGCUCCGGCCGGUGCUGCACCUACAGGUGAUCUUCCUAUUCAGCCUCUUUCGCCUGCUGAUCUCCCACCAACGCUCCCGAUACUCUUCGAUCCGCAGACAUCUGGGGGUCUCUUGGCGUUCGUCCCCGCCAACAAAGCGACUGAGUGCAUUAGGAGGCUUAGAGAGGAAGGCGGCUACGACAACGCCAUGGUCAUUGGAUCGAUUUUCGAAAGAAAAACGUUCGUGCCUUUCCCUCAAAAAGACGCGGCUCAAGAAACUCGCUCUCGGUACGCACCGUGGGAAAAUGUAGCGGGAGCUGUUGAGUGCCUGCACUGACACGCGCCGGCUCGUCGCAGGCUGGAAACGCGAGUGUUUCCAGUGGAGCAUGCGCGGCUUUUCUUGGUGAUCUCGUUCGCUGGUAUGUAUGCCUUUUUGUCGAAAGAGAAGACACCCACGAGCGCACAUACACGCACCCCAAUGCGACGUGAUAGCGCUCUGGGCCACCCGUGUGUCCGACUCUCUGUUCCCGGCAUGCAUGGCUUCAUCGUGGAAGGAGCCGUGGAAAAAAAGAAUAGGUGUAGCACCAGGGAGAAAUCUUAUCGUGGUGGUGGGCAGAAUGGACAGGGAUCCGAGGCAGGAAAUUGGGUUAGAGACGAACGCUUGUCGCCGGAGAAGGGUACGUUCAUCCUCUAAAUCUGGUCAUUCCCUUCAAGGAAGCGAUAACUUCGGACUCACCUUCCGAUGUGGCGGAAACGAAAACACUC